AUGCUCCGGCUGGGGAGAUUGUUCCAUCUCCUGACUUUGAUGAAGUUGCCCUGUUGUUUUCUGGAGGUGCUUCUGGCCGCUGCCGCUGCCGCGCAAGGCCAAGAGAUGUAUGCCCCUCACUCCAUCCGGCUCGAGGGGGAUAUCACCCUAGGGGGGCUCUUCCCGGUGCAUGCCAAAGGUCCCACGGGCGUACCAUGCGGGGACAUCAAGAAGGAGAACGGGAUCCACAGGCUGGAGGCGAUGCUCUACGCCCUGGACCAGAUCAACAGCGAUCCGGAGCUGCUACCCAAUGUCACGCUGGGCGCGCGGAUUCUGGACACUUGUUCCAGGGACACUUACGCGCUGGAGCAGUCGCUCACUUUCGUCCAGGCGCUCAUUCAGAAGGACACCUCGGAUGUGCGCUGCACAAACGGCGAGCCACCAGUCUUCGUGAAGCCAGAGAAAGUAGUAGGAGUGAUCGGGGCUUCGGGGAGUUCCGUGUCCAUCAUGGUAGCUAACAUCUUAAGGCUGUUUCAGAUUCCCCAGAUUAGUUAUGCCUCAACCGCACCAGAAUUAAGUGAUGACCGGAGAUAUGAUUUCUUCUCUCGAGUGGUCCCACCAGACUCCUUCCAGGCCCAGGCCAUGGUCGAUAUUGUGAAAGCUUUGGGAUGGAAUUAUGUCUCUACUCUUGCAUCAGAAGGAAGUUAUGGAGAAAAAGGUGUUGAAUCCUUCACCCAGAUUUCCAAAGAGGCAGGUGGGCUCUGCAUUGCUCAGUCAGUGCGAAUUCCUCAAGAACGGAAAUACAAGCCUUCUGAUUUUGAUAGAGUUAUCAAACAGCUCUUGGAUACUCCCAACUCCAGGGCCGUGGUGAUUUUUGCCAACGAUGAGGAUAUAAAGCAGAUCCUGGCGGCAGCCAAAAGGGCAGACCAAUUGGGUCAUUUCCUCUGGGUGGGAUCAGACAGUUGGGGCUCCAAAGUGAACCCAUUGCAUCAGAAUGAAGACAUAGCAGAAGGAGCCAUCACCAUUCAGCCAAAGAGAGCUACGGUAGAAGGUUUUGAUACAUACUUUACAUCACGUACGCUAGAGAACAACAGAAGAAAUGUGUGGUUUGCAGAGUACUGGGAGGAAAAUUUCAACUGCAAGUUGACAAUUAGUGGAUCCAAAAAGGAAGACACAGAUCGAAAAUGUACAGGGCAGGAGAGAAUUGGAAAGGAUUCCUAUUAUGAGCAGGAGGGCAAAGUUCAGUUUGUGAUUGAUGCGGUGUAUGCCAUGGCCCAUGCCCUCCACCAUAUGAACAAGGAUCUCUGUGCUGAUUACCCCGGUGUCUGUCCAGAGAUGGAGCAGGCAGGGGGCAAGAAGUUACUGAAGUAUAUUCGCAGUGUUAAUUUUAACGGCAGUGCUGGCACUCCAGUGACCUUUAACAAAAAUGGGGAUGCUCCUGGACGUUAUGAUAUCUUUCAGUACCAGAUAACGAACACCACCAAUCCAGGAUACCGCCUAAUUGGCCAAUGGACUGAUGAGUUGCAGCUCAAUAUAGAUGAUAUGCAAUGGGGCAAAGGAGUACGAGAAAUUCCGUCAUCGGUCUGCACUUUACCCUGUAAGCCUGGUGAAAGGAAAAAGACCCAGAAAGGGAUCCCCUGCUGUUGGACUUGUGAGCCAUGUGAUGGAUAUCAAUUCCAGUCAGAUGAGAUGACCUGUCAACACUGUCCUUACGAUAAGCGACCAAAUGAAAAUCGUACUGGCUGCCAGGAUAUCCCCAUUGUGAAACUUGAAUGGCACUCACCUUGGGCUGUUAUUCCCGUUUUCUUGGCAAUGCUUGGAAUUAUUGCCACAAUUUUUGUAAUGGCUACCUUCAUUCGUUACAAUGACACACCAAUUGUCCGGGCUUCAGGGAGAGAGCUCAGCUAUGUCCUGCUGACCGGAAUCUUUCUUUGCUAUAUAAUUACCUUCCUAAUGAUUGCAAAACCUGAUGUGGCAGUGUGCUCCUUCAGACGAGUAUUCCUGGGCUUGGGCAUGUGCAUAAGCUACGCUGCUCUCUUGACUAAAACAAACCGCAUUUAUCGUAUAUUUGAGCAAGGCAAGAAAUCUGUGACAGCACCAAGGCUAAUAAGCCCAACAUCACAACUGGCAAUUACUUCCAGUUUAAUAUCUGUCCAACUUCUAGGUGUUUUCAUUUGGUUUGGAGUUGACCCACCUAAUAUCAUUAUAGAUUAUGAUGAACACAAGACAGUAAAUCCUGAUCAAGCCAGAGGAGUCCUUAAAUGUGACAUUACAGAUCUACAAAUCAUUUGUUCCUUGGGAUAUAGUAUCCUGCUUAUGGUUACAUGUACUGUCUAUGCCAUCAAGACUCGGGGUGUCCCAGAGAAUUUUAAUGAAGCCAAACCCAUUGGAUUUACUAUGUAUACAACCUGUAUAGUAUGGCUUGCCUUCAUUCCAAUAUUUUUUGGCACUGCACAGUCAGCUGAAAAGCUCUACAUACAAACUACCACACUUACUAUAUCCAUGAACUUAAGUGCGUCAGUGGCGCUGGGGAUGCUAUACAUGCCGAAAGUGUACAUCAUCAUUUUCCAUCCUGAGCUGAAUGUCCAGAAAAGGAAACGCAGCUUCAAGGCAGUCGUCACAGCAGCCACCAUGUCAUCUCGGCUCUCUCACAAACCUAGUGACAGACCCAAUGGAGAAGCAAAAACAGAGCUCUGUGAAAAUGUAGACCCAAAUAACUCCAUACCACCUGUAAGAAAAAGCGUACAAAAAUCUGUUACUUGGUAUACUAUUCCACCUACAGUAUAG